AUGCAAAAUCAGAGCUUUGUUGGAGAGUUCAUUCUCCUUGGGCUUUCACAGAACCCAAAAGUUGAGAAAAUACUAUUUGCUGUAUUUUUGUUGGUCUACCUUGUAACUGUUGGGGGCAACAUGAUGAUUGUGGUGACCAUUGUCUGCAGCCCUGCUCUGCUCGGCUCCUCCAUGUACUUCUUCUUGGCAUUUCUGUCCUUACUGGAUGCAUGCACUUCUUCUGCAAUCAUACCUAAGAUGACUGUGGAUUUGCUCUAUGAGAGGAAGACUAUCUCCUUUGAAUGUUGCAUGACUCAACUGUUUGUUGUCCAUUUCUUCCCUGGAGCAGAGGUGAUUAUCCUGGCAGCCAUGGCCUAUGACCGCUAUGUGGCCAUUUGCAAGCCCUUGCACUACUCUUCCAUCAUGAACAGGAGGCUCUGUGGCAUUCUGGUGGGAGUAGCCUGGAUGGGGGGCUUCUUACAUUCAGUUGUGCAAAUUAUCUUCAUUUCGAAGCUGCCCUUCUGUGGACCCAAUGUUAUUGAUCACUUCGUAUGUGACUUAUUCCCUUUACUGAAGCUUGCGUGCACUGACACACACAUUUUUGUCCUUCUGGUGUUUGCCAACAGUGGGUCUAUUUGCAUCAUCAUCUUCUCCUUGUUGCUCGUCUCCUAUGAUGUCAUCUUGUUCUCUCUGAGAGCACACAGCUCUGAAGGACGACAUAAAGCUCUCUCCACCUGUGGAUCCCACAUUACUGUUGUGGUUUUGUUCUUUGUUCCAUGCAUAUUAAUAUAUGCUAGACCUGCAUCUUUAAUCUACUUUGAGAAAAACAUGUUUAUAUUUGCCGAUGUCCUGACACCCUUGCUCAAUCCUAUGGUUUAUACUUUCAGGAAUAAGGAAAUGAAGAAUGCCAUUAGGAAAAUGUGGAGGAGAAUAAGAGUUUCUGAUUUAUAUUAA